AUGAAAAAUAAGAACAGCCAAGGAGCACAGGAAAGUCCCUCCAGAUGUCCAGAUAACAGCGCAUUUAAACAACAGAAACUGCCAGCCUGGAAGCCCAAGCUCACAGCUCCGACUGUCCUCUCCAGCUUCUUUACCGUUGGAGUCUUCUGCCUCCUCAUGGGAAUCUGCCUAAUAUUGUAUGCAAGAAGUGUCAAAGAAAUCCAGAUUAACUAUUCAGACAUAUGUUUGAAUUGUUCAAAACUGCGUGAAAACUCCUCUAACUGGGAUAAAGAAUGCAACUGUUCUGUGCACUUCACACUGCAGGAAAAUAUGCUGGGUGAUGUUUUUAUGUACUAUCGUCUGCAAAACUUUUAUCAGAACCACCGUCGGUAUGUCCUCUCCAGAAGUGAUGCACAAUUGCUGGGUCAAGAUGUAAACAUUCAGAACAGCAAUUGUGCGCCUUUCACAAUCUAUCCAAACGGAACUCCAAUGGCUCCAUGUGGCGCCAUCGCCAACAGUAUGUUCAAUGAUUCUAUUCAACUUUUUUACUAUCUUAACUCAUCCACUGCUAUCGAAGUCCCAUUGCUGAAGAGUGGAAAUAGUUGGUGGUCAGAUAAAAAUGUGAAAUUUCGGAAUCCAACAUCAUACAAUCUCUCUUCUGCAUUUGCAGGAACAACAAGGCCUCCUUACUGGCAGAAACCAGCUUAUUUACUGGAUGAGGAGGAUGAAAGGAACAAUGGUUAUAUAAACGAUGACUUUAUCAUCUGGAUGCGGGUGUCAGCCUUUCCCACAUUCAGAAACCUUUACCGUCAUCUCAGACAUACCAACCAGUUUGCUGAUGGUCUCCCAGCAGGGAAUUACACCUUCCACAUUACCUACAAUUUCCCUGUUACCAAAUUCAAAGGGAAAAAGCAGGUGGUUCUCUCAACCAUCACAUGGAGUGGAGGGAGUAACCUCUUCCUGGGAAUUGCCUACACGGUUUCUGGCGCGGUGAUAGUGCUGGCAGGUUUUAUCAUAACUGCGAUUCACUUAAAACUCCGAAAAAAGAAAACGUACUUUCAGAGAUAA